AUGGCUCCCAUCAAGGUCGGCAUCAACGGUUUCGGUCGUAUCGGCCGUAUCGUCUUCCGCAAUGCCGUCGAGCACCCCGACAUCGAGGUUGUUGCUGUCAACGACCCCUUCAUUGAGCCUCACUACGCCGUCUACAUGCUCAAGUACGACUCUUCCCACGGUGUCUUCAAGGGUGAGGUCGGCAACCAGGGCAACGACCUUGUUGUCAACGGCAAGACUGUCAAGUUCUACUCUGAGCGUGAUCCCGCCAACAUCAAGUGGUCCGAGACCGGCGCCGACUACGUCGUUGAGUCCACUGGUGUCUUCACCACCAUUGACAAGGCCAAGGCCCAUCUCCAGGGCGGUGCCAAGAAGGUCAUCAUCUCUGCCCCCUCCGCCGACGCUCCCAUGUACGUCGUUGGUGUCAACGAGAACAAGUACGACGGCUCUGCCGACAUCAUCUCCAACGCUUCUUGCACCACCAACUGCCUGGCCCCCCUCGCCAAGGUCAUCAACGACAAGUUCGGUAUCGUUGAGGGUCUCAUGACCACCGUCCACUCCUACACUGCCACCCAGAAGACCGUCGAUGGUCCCUCCGCCAAGGACUGGCGAGGUGGCCGUGGUGCUGCCCAGAACAUCAUCCCCUCCAGCACCGGUGCCGCCAAGGCUGUCGGCAAGGUCAUUCCUGAGCUCAACGGCAAGCUCACCGGCAUGUCCAUGCGUGUCCCUACCGCCAACGUCUCCGUUGUCGAUUUGACUGUCCGCCUCGAGAAGGGUGCUUCUUACGACCAGAUCAAGCAGGUCAUCAAGGAGGCCUCUGAGGGUGACCUCAAGGGUGUCCUGGCCUACACUGAGGACGACGUUGUCUCCUCUGACCUUAACGGCAACACCAACUCCUCCAUCUUCGAUGCCAAGGCCGGUAUCUCCCUCAACGACAACUUCGUCAAGCUGGUCUCCUGGUACGACAACGAGUGGGGUUACUCCCGCCGUGUCCUCGACCUCCUGGCCCACGUUGCCAAGGUCGAUGCCUCCAAGUAA